CUGGGGGAGAGGAUGAGUCCGACGGCGGCGGCUGCGCUGAGCGGUCCCCGCUGAUCGCCUCCCCCGGCAGGAGGUGGGCUUCCUAGAUAAUUGCCACAUUUCUUGUUUUCUUUUUCUGUAAUUACACUGGUUGCCGGAGGGGAGAGGGAGAGACGGAGGAGGCGCCUUUUCCUCCUCCUCCCCCCCCACCCCCCACCCCUUGCCUGUCCGCCGCCGUCCGCUCCGUCCAGUCCUGGGACAGGAUGACUGGAGUAUUUGACAGUCUGGUGGCUGAUAUGCACUCGAGCCAGAUCACCGCCUCCAGCAGCUACCACCAGCACCAUCACCAGCACGGCAGCACCAGUAGCAGCAGCAGCAGCAGCAGCCUUCACAAACCGCAGGAGUCCCCGACUUUACCCGUCUCCACGGCCACCGACAGCAGUUACUACACCAACCAGCAGCACGGAGGAGGAGGAGGCGGGGGCGGCGGGUCGCCCUACGCCCAGAUGGGUUCUUACCAAUACCACACCAGCGGCAUCAACACGGUCCCCUAUUCGGCCAAAGCCGGCUACGACCUGGGCUACACGGCCGCCUAUGGCUCCUAUGGCCCCUACGGAACCAGCUCGUCUCCGCCCAACAACGAGCCCGAAAAAGAAGAUUGCGAGCCCGAAAUCAGGAUAGUCAACGGGAAGCCAAAGAAAGUGAGGAAACCCCGGACGAUUUAUUCCAGUUUCCAGCUGGCAGCUCUUCAGAGGCGUUUCCAAAAGACCCAGUACCUGGCCCUGCCGGAGAGAGCGGAAUUGGCAGCGUCCCUAGGCCUCACCCAGACCCAGGUGAAGAUCUGGUUCCAGAACCGCCGAUCCAAGUUCAAGAAGAUGUGGAAAAGCGGGGAGAUCCCUACGGACCAGCAUCCCGGGGGCAGCGCCUCGCCGCCCUGCGCCUCGCCGCCAGCCCCGGCGCCCACCAACUGGGACUUCGUUCCGCAUCAGCGGAUGGGCAGCGGCGGGGCCGGGGCGGGGGCAGGAGCCGGUCCUGGGGCGGGGGGCGGCGGCGGCAGCUCGGGCUCCAGCCCCAGCAGCGGAGCCGCCGCCGCCGCCGCCGCCGCCGCCUUCCUGGGCAACUAUUCGUGGUACCACCAGGCCUCCAGCCCCGCUUCCCACCUCCAGGCCGCCACCCCUCUGCUGCAGCACGCCCAGCCCCAUCACCACCACCACCACCACCACCAUCACCACCACGGCGGCGGCGGAGGAGGGGGAGGAGGAGCCGUCAGCGCCGGGACGAUUUUCUAAAACCAGAGGAAGAGGCGGGGAGGGCGGCCCUCUCCCCCCCCGUGACCGCCUCCGCCACCACAACCUUCCUCCCCCCCACGCCCUUUCCCCGACACGGCUCAAAACCUCCCCCCACCCCGGGCCCCUGUUGGACUGGGGGAGGACGGAUCCUGGUGGUUUGAUGAAAAUACGGUCUGUGGCAUCUGUUUCUUCACUCCCCCAACACCUCCCACCGGCUUUCUCCCAUGCCUGUUGGGUCCGAAAGAGCUGGAGAUAUUUGCUCGGUGGGUGUCUUUUAGGGGGGACUUGCUGCAGUCCGGGAAAUCCUUUCUGAGGGUCCAGCGGGCCCUCCCCCCCCUCCCUCCCCGCCAGCCCCCCACCCUUUUUGCAGAAA